GUCGGGCCCGCGGCUGAUGAAACCCGCGCGGAUCCCGCCAGCCCUCAGCUCCCAUUCACUGCGUGCGGGCAGGUGUGCGCGGCGGACCCACGGCAGCCAGCAGCCAGCGGGCGGCACGCGGCGGCCCGACCCUCCCCGCAGUCCAGCGCGCCCCCUCGCCCCGCGCUUCGCCCCGAGCGUCCGGCGGCCCCCGCCGAGCCGCCGGCAUCCCACAGCCCCCUUGGAGCCUGAAGCCCCUGUUGGAGCCCUCCCAAGACAUCUUGACUCCCAGGCCCAAGAGAUCUUCCGUGAGAAGUUGAGUCCUCCCAUCCUAGUCCAGACUCGACCAGCACGAUGGGGUGUAAAGUCCUGUGUAGCCUUGGUCACCAGAUGCUGCGACGCAAGGUGGUGGACUGCAGCAGGGAAGAGAGCCGGCUGUCCCGCUGCUUAAAUACCUUCGACCUUGUGGCCCUCGGGGUGGGCAGCACCCUGGGUGCUGGCGUCUACGUCCUGGCUGGAGCUGUGGCCCGCGAGGACGCUGGCCCUGCCAUUGUCAUCUCCUUUCUGAUUGCCGCGCUGGCCUCGGUGCUGGCUGGCCUGUGCUAUGGCGAGUUUGGUGCGCGUGUCCCCAAGACUGGAUCAGCCUACCUGUACAGCUAUGUGACUGUGGGUGAGCUCUGGGCCUUCAUCACCGGCUGGAACCUGAUCCUCUCCUACAUCAUAGGUACUUCAAGUGUAGCGAGAGCCUGGAGUGCGACCUUUGAUGAGCUGAUCGGCAAACCCAUUGGGGAGUUCUCACGAAAACACAUGGCCCUGAAUGCCCCCGGCGUGCUGGCGGAAAACCCUGACAUAUUUGCUGUGGUCAUAAUUCUCAUCUUAACAGGACUUUUAACCAUUGGCGUAAAAGAGUCAGCUAUGGUCAACAAAAUAUUCACCUGUAUCAAUGUUCUGGUCCUGGGCUUCAUCGUGGUGUCAGGAUUUGUGAAGGGAUCCAUUAAAAACUGGCAGCUCACGGAGGAGAGCAUCUUGAAUGAGUCUAGCCAUGGGUGUCUCAACAAUGAAACAAAAUUGGAGAAACUAGGUGUUGGUGGAUUCAUGCCUUUUGGGUUCUCUGGUGUCCUGUCGGGGGCAGCGACCUGCUUCUAUGCCUUCGUGGGUUUUGACUGCAUUGCUACCACUGGUGAGGAAGUCAAGAACCCCCAGAAGGCCAUCCCCGUGGGUAUUGUUGCAUCCCUCCUCAUCUGCUUCGUCGCAUACUUUGGUGUAUCUGCUGCCCUCACACUCAUGAUGCCCUACUUCUGUCUGGACACCAACAGCCCCCUGCCAGAUGCCUUCAAGCAUGUGGGCUGGGAAGGCGCCAAGUACGCGGUGGCCGUCGGCUCCCUCUGUGCGCUUUCCACCAGUCUUCUGGGUUCCAUGUUUCCCAUGCCACGAGUUAUCUAUGCCAUGGCUGAAGAUGGACUGCUGUUUAAAUCUUUGGCCAAAAUUAAUGAGAGAACCAAAACACCAGUAAUCGCCACACUAGCCUCAGGUGCUAUUGCUGCUGUGAUGGCCUUCCUCUUUGACCUGAAGGACUUGGUGGACCUCAUGUCCAUUGGCACUCUCCUGGCUUACUCUUUGGUGGCUGCCUGUGUAUUGGUCUUAAGGUAUCAACCAGAGCAGCCUAACCUGGUAUACCAGAUGGCCAGAACAACUGAUGAACUAGAUCAAGUUGACCAGAAUGAACUUGUGAGCACCAGCGAUUCCCAGACAGGCUUUUUACCAAAAGCAGAGAAGUUGUCUUUGAAAAGCAUUCUCACACCUAAAAACAUGGAGCCUUCCAAAUUGUCUGGACUCAUCGUGAAUGUUUCAGCCAGCCUCAUAGUUGUUUUCAUCCUCACGAUAUGCAUUGUGGCUGUGAUUGGACGAGACGCUCUGGGCAGAGGGGAGCUGUGGGCAAUUCUCGUGCUCAUGAUUAUGACCCUGCUCAGUGCUAUGGUCAUGGGCAUCAUCUGGAGGCAGCCCGAGAGCAAGACCAAGCUCUCGUUUAAGGUGCCCUUCUUGCCAGUGCUGCCUAUUCUGAGCAUUUUUGUGAACAUCUAUCUCAUGAUGCAGCUAGACCAGGGCACAUGGGUCCGGUUUGCAGUCUGGAUGCUGAUAGGCUUCAUCAUCUACUUCGGCUAUGGGCUGUGGCACAGCGAGGAGGCAUCCCUGGCUGCUGACCAGGCAAGGACUCCUGAUGGCAAUUUGGAUCAGUGCAAGUGACCUGCGGCCCUGCCCACUGGAGGUGGCAGCAGCCCUGAGGGAUAGCCACAGCCACAGCCACAGAGGACAGGGAGGUACCUCCCUCUCGCUACUGAUGCAGCCGGACCCACCCAUAUCUGCGACACCCCCAGUGCCACCAAAGGUGCAGCCGACUGAACUGCAGCCUCAGCCACAGCCAGUGUGCCUGGCCAGACCUGGCCCUGCAGCCAGCUCAUGAGGCCCUGGACAUCUCUGACAGCUCCCUGAUCCAGGCCACCUAGCUGUGGCUGGCUACCUGUCUCCUGCUUCCCUUUGAAUGAAAAAAUCAACCCCUGCCCUCCCAGCACAUCCUUGUUGCUGCACCCUUGGGCAGAAAGGAGAUCCUUGUCUCCUGCCAUGGGAACAGAUCUCUCUCCCUGGACUACGCUGGUAUUACAAAUGUAUAGACCUCAGACUUCUAGUAGCCAUUGUCCCCUGAACAGCUGGCCCUAGAUCCAGGAUGAGUACCACAGAGCCCCAGCUGUGCCAUCCCUAGAGCUACGCCUGCCCUCUGGGAUGCAUCCAGCUGGGUUGUUAGGAUGAGGCUGCUCCCCACCGUUUUCCUUCCUGACAGGGCUCUGUUCUGACGUGGUGAUGGAUGGACCCAGUCCAUGCAGGAUUGAGGGCCGGGGAUCUGUCUUUGCACGGAGGAGGGGAGGCUCUUGUGAGAACGGAAGUAUCAGGGCGGGGGGGGCUGACUCUGCUCACCUGUGUGAGCAUAAACCAGGGCGUUCUCCAGUUGCCUUCCCUCCAAGACUAGGCUAGUUCCUGCUGCUUUUGUGUCUGUCACCACUGCCUGUGUGUUCUGAGUAACUGGAACAUGAGACUGUGUUUGUGUAGGACUGGUCUCAAGUUGGCAGAGCUGAGAACUCUGUUUUCCUUGGGCCUUUGCCAUCCACUGAGUUUCAUGAGUCUUGAAAGUUUCUCAGGACAGGUGGCAGCUCCAUAUGGGUUCGCAAUGCUUCAGGCCCCUGACCUGGUCUGUGUGGCCUCUUUCAUGUAAUCAGAUUGAAUCCUCCUAUUAGUUGCCAUGAAUUACUCCACCCAGUUAAGUUGGGCUUGAUGUUAACUUGAAAAAUGGCCAAAUUACCACAUGCCAUAGGCACGUGGUUCACGGUGUGUGGUCCACAAGGGAGAUGACUUGCAGGGCUGUUGCUGUCCCUCUCAUGCAUCUGUCUUAUAAAUGCUGUGGCUUUGCAAACUGGUGAGAUGCUGCACAUGACCUGGAUCUUGUCCCUCCCUAGUAGGUCUGGGGGCUAUGGGUCCAGCUGCCAUGCCAGCGUCCCUCUGCGGCUGCCUUGUAUACACCCUGUAUCCCACCCCUUCCCUGUAGUUCAUGUGAGGCCCACGGUCAAUUCCGUGUCAGACACUCCUUGUAGAUUGACGCCAUGGGACAAGAGAACGUGAUGGAGCCUCAUUUCCAUGCAGAGCACCGUUCAGAGGCUGCAAGGCUGAUGUGGAUGUGGUGUGAGGGAGGCCAGCAGUUUAGACACCAUGAAGAGGUGGGGACAGAAUGGACAUCUGGGCUUCAAAAGCAGCACUGGCAGAUAAAUUCAUGAAACAGCCUACAGGUCGUCCAGCCGCUGGAGGAUGGCCACACAGCCAAGAAGUACACCUUUGUGCUGGGCCUGGACCAGCUCGCUUAGACCUUUAUUCUGAGGGUCAUCCAUAUUUUAGAGAGUCACAAGCAUUCCUUGACCCCCCAAAGCUUGAGUUUCCAAAGAAAGGUAUUUAAAUCUGUGUAGAUUGGUGCUGUAAAAUAUUUUGAUAAAUAUUAACUUAUUUUGUUGGGGUUUCAGUUAUCUGUUUUUUUUCUUACAACCUGUUAGCUAUUUGUUUGCCUGAUUCUUUAAUUAUCAUUUUUCUAUGCAGAUAAAGAUGGGGGAGAGGGUAUCCAGUGAGGUAGGUAGUGGGAAAAUAUUUCUUAGCUUUAAUUUUUUUCUAGUUGAAAUUUCUGUAUGAGACAGCACCACCAGUGGUCCAUUUAUACUUCUGAGUCAGGUCACAACCUGCAUUGUUCUACAAAGUUGAAAUAUGUAUUUUGGGUUUGCGCCUCCACUGAGCCGCUCAGGUUGAUAUGAGGACAGUGGGGAAUCCCUCCUCCUCUCCUCGCUCAG